CGCGUCGCUGACGUCAGCGGGCGGAGUAUUAUGGUCUGGGCUGCGCUGGCGGCUGCCUGUGUGCUGCGAGCGGCCGCGUAAACAUGGAGCUCUCGGCCGUCGGGGAGCGCGUCUUCGCGGCCGAGGCCCUGCUCAAGCGCCGCAUCCGCAAAGGGCGCAUGGAAUAUCUGGUGAAAUGGAAGGGCUGGUCGCAGAAGUACAGCACUUGGGAGCCCGAGGAGAACAUCCUGGACGCCCGGCUGCUGGCAGCCUUUGAGGAAAGCUUUGGUUUUUUUAACACCUCUAGGGAGCGAGAAAUGGAGCUAUACGGGCCCAAAAAGCGAGGCCCCAAGCCCAAAACCUUCCUGCUAAAGGCCCAGGCAAAGGCAAAAGCCAAAACCUAUGAAUUCCGCAGUGACUCUUCCAGGGGGAUCCGGGUGCCGUAUCCUGGCAGGUCCCCCCAGGAGCUGGGCUCCACGUCCCGGGCUAGGGAAGGACUGAGAAACAUUGCCCUGGCUCCCCAGAGCAGCUCCAGCACCAGCACCCCCAAAGCAGACGGCAUCCGGGACCGGGUGAUCCGUGUGGAGGAGAAGCCCGGGGAGACCCCCAAAAAGAGAGGCCCGAAGCCCAGGAAGGAGCUUUACAAGGACCUGGCGGAGACUCUGGAUGCCUCCAAGAGGAAACUGGGGGAGCCGGGGGACAAGGUGGGGGACUACCUGAAGGCCAGGAAGAUGGAGGAGGCGGCGGCGGGGGCGGCCAAGUUCGGCUCGGGACACAGCGUCAUCCAGCUGGCCCGGCGGCAGGACCCCGACCUCCCCGGCACUCUGCCCGGCCCCAACCGAGCCGAGGUGGGUGCCAAGCUGGGGGCCACCGAGCCCUACCCUGCGCGGCUGGCCAAGCACCGGGCAGACUUUCUGGACCCCAAGGGGCAGGGGGGGCUGGAUCCCGGCGGGCCGAAGCUCCUGCACGGGGCGGUGAGCCCGGGCGCCGUGGGCAGCCUGUACCGCGACGGCGUGGGGGGCCAGGCGGGGCGACCCUCCCUCAUCGCCAGGAUCCCCGUCGCCAGGAUCCUGGGGGACCCCGAGGAGGAGUCCUGGAGCCCCUCUCUCAACAACCUGGAGAAGGUGGUGGUAACUGAUGUGACCUCUAACUUUUUGACCGUCACCAUCAAGGAGAGCAGCACGGACCAAGGAUUCUUUAAAGAGAAGCGAUGAGUUUGGCGGAGGUGGUGCUGGGGUUUUCUUCGGUCAGAUCCAGACAAAAGCUUGGUUAGAACUUGGUGGGCCUUUUUUUUUUUUUUUUUU